GUUCUCUUUUCUGUUUUUGCUUAUUAUAUUAUUCUUUCCAGGCACUUUUUCUUUACAGCAAUGCUGUUUGUAUACGGACGCAUCCUGAGCCAGAGGCUAGUCAACACGGUUACAUCAGACAAAUUUUUAUACAAGCUUGUUAGCAGAUUUAUCAAGUAUCACAUGGUCACGUGUUAUUUCUUGUAUAUCACAGGUUUUAUGUGGUUCAUUUUGACAUUGAAGAAGAAGAGGUACAAGUAUCAAUUUGGCCAGUACGCUUGGACUCAUAUGAUUCUGAUUGUAGUAUUUACUCAGUCCUCUUUCACUGUAGCCAAUAUUUUCGAGGGAAUUUUCUGGUUCCUUCUUCCAGCAUCACUCAUUGUCAUCAAUGAUAUAACUGCUUAUAUUUUUGGAUUCUUCUUUGGAAGAACUCCUUUGAUCAAGUUGUCCCCCAAGAAAACUUGGGAGGGCUUUAUUGGGGCAUCAGUAUCAACCAUUAUC